UAGAUGUCACUAAUGCGCAACUGUCAAGUCAACCUAAAUAAAAUUACAGGUUAUGUUUGGUUAAAAAACGUUACGCUACGUUUUUCGUUUUUUAAAUAAAAUAGUGUUUAAAAAAUGGAAGAAGAUAAUGUGCACCGUUUAGAGGCUGUAAAUGAUCAAACUGGGGGUUUAAUCAUACGCAAAAAAGAACCUACCUUUAAAGUACCUCAAUCCUCCCGUUUGGGUCUAGAUAAGUUAUCCGCUCAAAUCCGAAAACAAAAAGAGGAAAAUGAGCGGAAAAUGUCGUUUUCUAUAUCCGAAGAGGAUGGUGGCGAAGAAUCAACGAGCCACGGUAUUAAAAAGUCGAAAGAGAAUCGAAAAUUUCGUCAACCGCAAAGUGAAACUCCUACUUAUACCGGCGGGAUAACCGAGGAGGCCAGACAAAGGGUGCUGGAUAGAAUGAAUAGGGCGAGGGAGAAACGUAUUUUUGCUAGCACAAAAGAUUUAAAACGAAAAAGUAAAGAUGAAAAACAUAGUAAAGAUAGAAAUAGAGAUCGAGACAGGGAUAAAGAUUACGAAAGAAGAAACAGAUAUGUUAAAUCCGAAAGGGAACCAAGCAGAAGUGAAAGAACACCGAAAUUUUCUGAUGAGCCAUCAACUCCAAACAUAAAAUUGAAAGAUAAUACAUCAAGAUCGUCUUGGGAUGAUGACGAUCCUGUUCCUUCAAAAAAAUCUUCAUGGGAUUUUCCAACCCCAAAUGUUUAUAAAUCACCAAGUGGGGGAGAUUGGUCUGAAAGAAGUACUAAGUCAAAGUAUGAAGAGGAAAGAGGAAAAUCACAUAAAAAAAGUGAUAGGAAACAAUAUGAUAACACUCCAAGGGCUACCCCAGCACAUAAAUAUAACUCUUGGGCGAAGGAUAGGAAAAAAACUGGUGCAACUCCCGGUCCAAUAAAGGAAGAGGGACAUGUGAAAUGGGAAUCUACAGUCGAUAGACAAUUAUGGGAAGAAGAGCAACGAAGAAUUGAUAGGGAAUGGUACAAUAUGGAUGAAGGAUAUGAUGAUGAAAACAACCCAUUUUCAAGUGUAAGUGACGAGUAUACAAAGAAAAAAGAGGAGCAAUUAGAACAAAGAAGAAAGAAACGACUUUCAGCUCAACAGAGACAAAUUAAUAAAGAUAAUGAACUUUGGGAGAGAAAUCGAAUGAUCACUUCAGGUGUAGUCCAUUCCGUAGAUUUUAGUGAAGAUUUCGAUGAAGAAUCAGUCGAUAGGGUUCACUUAUUAGUUCAUAACAUCGUUCCACCAUUUCUUGAUGGAAGAAUUGUAUUCACUAAGCAACCCGAACCUGUUGUACCUGUUAGGGAUGCAACCUCUGAUAUGGCGAUGGUCGCUAGAAAAGGAUCCCACUUAGUUCGAGUUUAUCGCGAACAAAAGGAACGUCGUAAAGCUCAGAAAAAACAUUGGGAAUUAGGAGGAACAACAAUAGGUAACAUUAUGGGGAUUAAAAAGAAAGAAGAUGAAGAAGACGCAAAGUUUAAUAAAGAUAAUGACACCGCUGAUUAUAAAACAGAUCAAAAGUUUGCCGAACACAUGACUAAAACUGAAGCUGUUAGUGAAUUUUCAAGGAAAAAGACGAUAUCGGAACAACGUAGAUAUCUACCGGUGUUUGCGGUUAGGCAAGAACUGUUAAAUGUUAUUAGAGAAAAUUCGGUGGUUAUUAUUGUUGGUGAAACCGGUAGUGGUAAAACGACACAAUUAACUCAAUAUUUACACGAAGACGGUUAUAGUAAAUACGCGAUGAUCGGUUGUACUCAACCGCGUCGCGUUGCCGCGAUGUCAGUUGCAAAACGUGUUAGUGACGAAAUGGGAACUCAAUUAGGUGAUGAAGUGGGGUACGCAAUUCGUUUUGAAGAUUGCACAUCAGAAAACACAGUAAUAAAAUAUAUGACGGAUGGUAUUUUAUUACGAGAAAGUCUUCGGGAGCCCGAUUUAGAUCAUUAUAGUGCCAUUAUUAUGGAUGAAGCCCACGAACGGUCGUUGAGUACUGACGUUUUGUUUGGACUUUUACGUGAGGUAAGUUAAUUUUUAUAUUUUUAUAAUAAUUGAGUUAUAUGUCAAGUUGGGAUUUUUUUUUUAUAUUCAUUGGAAUUGAAUAUAAAUAAGUGUUCCAAUAUAACUAUUUAUAAUAGGAUGACUUGUGGGACUUUUAAGGAAAAUGGAAAAAAGCGAAAUACGUAAAUUUUAAUCUUUAUUUUUGGGGUUAUGCACAAUA